AUGGAGAAGAUAAAAGCGAAUCCCCAUAUCCCAUUGGCAGCCAUAAGGCAGUGUGUGGAAGAGGAGUUCGGACUCCAAGUUGGCAGGAUGAAGGCAUACCGAGCAAGAGACAGUGCAUUGGAAGGUAUUUUUGACAAGGCGGGGCUCCAGUAUCGCAGACUUUUCGAUUACAAAGCUGAACUGGAACGGACACACGCUGACUCUAGUGUGCACAUACAUAACGACAACUUCAGAGACCAACUUAUGACGACCAUUGGAAUUGAUCCAAAUAAUGGUUGGUGGCCUAUUGCAUGGGCGGUGACUGAGGCCGAAAGCUACGAACAGUGGAAAUGGUUUCUAGGCUAUCUGGCAGAGGACCUCCUCAUACAUGAAAAUGCCCCCAGAUUUGUCUUCAUGUCUGACCAGCAAAAGGGUCUUGCAAAGGUAAUCCUUGAGGAUUUUCCACAGAGCGAGCAUCGCUUCUGUGUGCAGCACAUAUACAACAACUUCAAGAAGCGUUUCAUCGGAGAGAAUUUUAAGGAGAUGUUGUGGGAGCUUGCGUCGAGUACAACCCAGGAAGAGUAUGUUGAGCGGAUGAAUGCACUGCGGAUUAUAUAUCCACAAGCACAUCAAUACCUACUCGGCGUAGCUCCCAAGGAAAAAUGGGUGAAGGCUUAUUUCUCUCCGCAUAUAGCAAUUGCUCGUGAGUUGGCCAUUGUCACCAUGUUGGAGGAGAUCAUGACAAGUCAAAUGGAGAGGAUACAGAUUAGAGGCCAGUGGAUCAAGACGUACGCUCAUGCCCUGCCGCCUGUUAUCAAAGAGAUUGUUGAUAAGUAUUUGGCGAUGGCUUCUUCAUGGAGACCCACAUGGAACGGAGAAGAUUCUUACCAAGUCUCUGGACCGUCAGGUCAGUACGUAGUGAACAUGCAGGAAUUUACUUGUUCUUGCAGACUGUGGCAGCUGAAUGGAAUCCCAUGCACCCACGCCAUCGCUACAAUCAACAAGAAUGGUAAGGAUGUAGCAGACUAUGUCUCCCGCUAUUAUUUGCAGUCCACCAUGACGCUAUUGUACGAGAAUGUCCUCUACCCAAUCAACGGGAUGGAUAAUUGGCCGAAGAACUCAGAAGUUGGAUUUGAACUGGCACCUCCUAAGACAAAGCGCUAA